UAUGCAUUUGCGUCUCCUUAGUUGGCAUUCCCAUCACGAUGAUCGCGUUGAAAUCUGUCGGUGAACUCAUUGCAAAAUACAUUAACAGAAUUAUCACAAAGUUCGAAAAGAGAAUUUUCAAGAUAUCGGAACCAAAACACACGAACGCCAAGAGUGCUGUGAUGUUAUGUGCAAUUAUGGUGUUAUUAAUUGUUAUAAAUGGUCUGUUAGUGAUGCAUCGUCUAAACUGGUCUCUAAUUGAAGCUGUGUAUUACUGGUUUAUAACCUAUUCUACGAUCGGCUUUGGUGACUAUGUUCUCCGGCAGCCGCAUCGGAUCAAAGAAUUAACUCUAAACAUCUCCGUAAAUCAGAACAAGAAUGAGUCUGGUAACGCAAGGAAGACAACUUAUGUUUAUUUCGCAGGUCUUUUUGGUGCGAUCUACUGUUUAAUAGCCCUGUGCAUUGUGUCGAGUGUACUAAACGCCAUCAUGGCAGCCAUCGAAGAACGGAAAUGUCGCCCGCGGUGUCCCGGAUGCGUUCCUCGGAGAAUCCGUGAACACGAAGAUAAUGACUCGCAAUAUUCCGACGCGGCUCCAGAGCAACGUGCAACUACCAUGACGCAUUUAAACAUGGAACAUUAUGGAUUCCAGAAGGACAACAACGUGUCACUCUCAGUAACUGAACUUAAAUGACAGCACUCAUGGAAAAAAAAACGGAAGGAAACGAUGGCACUAACGUCUAUGUCAAUUUUCCUACCUCCCCUCCCGCAAGGACAAAGGUUUGUGAACGAGCUGUCCUAACACUUUUCAGAAUGCAUAUGGAUAAUGUCCAAAGUCAGAAGGAAUGCAUAGAGUCAUCAACUCUGUGAGUGAUCUUAAAUGAGAAGUAAAGAUACCAGCAAAGAUAAAGAUAAUAACGCAAAGAUAAUAAGUCUUUGAAACCAGUGUAUGAAAGUUGCAGUGAUGUUGGUGAUGUAAAGGGAGUCUAUUCGAAUAUUCAUACACUAAAUAUUUGUUAACUUAAAGCUGAACGUAUUAAAAUUCCUUAAAAGAAUAGUAAGAUCUAAUUUUUUCAACUUUUCUGGGGCAUGGCUUAACGAAAGAUUCUCAAACUCGUCAAUAAUUCAUCAAGUUUAAAC